CCCCACCAAAACUUUUGUGACACUUCACAUCAACCCGCGCAGUCGUGGCAGUUUCGAGGCCCUCGGUCGGCUCAUCAUAAUCAUUCGGGAAUUUGUCCAGCGCGACCGCAACCCUCUGGCGCAAAUAUGAGCGACUCCAAUAAAGACCUCGAGGAUGUUGCGAAGACGACAAAUGAGGACUUCUAUGAGCUCCUCGGUGUGGGCUUCGAUUGCGUGGAGUCAGAGAUCAAGCGCGCAUACCGAAAAACUUCGAUCAAAUACCAUCCCGACAAGAAUAAAGAUGAUCAAAACGCUGCGGACCGGUUCAUCCUCAUCGGCAUAGCACGCGACAUCUUGCUCGAUGCGAAGUUGAAAGGCGAAUAUGACAGGGCACGGAUGCGGAGGAAGGAGAAGGCGCUGCAAGACGAGCUGCUAGAUGGAAAGAGGCGGAAAAUGAAGGAGGAUCUGGAGAGGAGAGAGCGCGCGGGCGUGAGCAUGAAAAGGAAGCGCGCAGAAGAUCUCAGUGAGGCCGAAAGACGAGAACUGGAGAUUCAAAGGCUUGCAGAGGACGGGAAGAGGAGGCGAAAGGAACAACAGGAGAAGAUGGAGCGGCAGCGGCAGGAAGAAGAGGCAUCGUUCAUGGAACCAAGUCCAGAAGUUGAGACAAAACCCGCGCCUACUGCACCCGGACAGACAGCAGAGAUUGACAGAACCGUCAAAGUUCGCUUUGUGCGAGAUGGCGAUGCUGCGACCUGGGACAAGGAACAUUUCUCACAAGUGUUUUCCAAGUACGGGAAAAUCGAUAGCGUGGUUAUGGGCAAAGAGAAAAAACUCAAGUUGCCUGGGGAGAAACACAGAAAGGUGGUUGUCAUGGUAUUCAUCGUGUAUACGCGCCUGGAUCAUGCCCACGCAGCAGUCAUGGACGCAAAAGCCGACAUUCCAUCACUGGAGUCCGUUGGUUGGGCUGGAAAAGAGCCUGACAUCAAAUCUCCAAAUUUGCCGGCAGAACCUACUCCUUCUGCACCAUCCACUCCUGUGGCUACACCUAACAAAACAUUUCGCGCUUCUUUCAAUCCCAACCUGGGGAAAGGGUUCGGAAGUGCCCCGGGAACCCCUUCAUUCUCAUUUUCUCCGAAGACUCCAAGCCUAGAAGAAGUCACGAUGAUGCGCUUAAAACAAGCGGAAAAGCGGAGACUGGAGGAACAGAUUCGCCAACAGGAAGCUGCUGAGGAGGCUGCAGCUUGAUCCUCCAUUGCUGAGUUGGCGUUAUGAACUUAUGACUCAAGUUCCUUUAGGAAUAAACUGAUACCCCUUGUCGUUAAUCUAAACCAUUUAUAAUCCUGUACAUUACAUUUGACUUCUUUCUGCGAAUCUUUUUACUUAGUGUUGCUCAAUACUGAGCAAUACAGCUCCAUACAUGUUUUCAACUUUAAGAUCAUUACAAAGGAAACUAGAUCUUCUCUCGAGAUAUAAAUAUGGUCACCACUUUGUCAAGCAGGAUAGCAUAAAACUACAUGAAAAGUGUGGGACCAACCAGUGCGC